AGACUUUAGAAUAAUUCAAGGAAUUUAUGGGAAUUUCUUGUUUCUGGGACUUCCCUGAGUGCUUAAUUUAACAAAUAUGUGGUGCAGGAGUCCGCAAAAUAGUGACACUCCUGGUGAUGCUUCUUCCUUCAUGUGUAGCUGUGGCUUUUAGUCUUUACCAAAUCUUGAGCCUGUCUUACAUUGCCUUAAGCUUGGUUAAGACAUAAGGAGUAUUUCACAGAUUGUGUGGAGUGAUGUUCUCCUGGCAUUUCUAAUCCAGGCAUGCUCUGAGGGUAACAAGUAUCUAAACACUCGGUACCUGCCUCUGAGAGGCAUCUCUGCAAGAGGGAGUCAAGCCCCCUCGCUGGGAGUUAUAUCCAGUUCUCGUCUUUCAGUUGAGUGGUCUAAUUUCUGUGCUGCCACACAACACUUAGGCAAUCUCUGCUAUUAAUGGGGGCUUAUUUUCUUAAAAAAAAAAAAAAAAAAAAAAGAAAAGAAAAAAAGGUGUAUUUUUAACUCACGUUUCUCUGUAACAAAGUUAAAGGAAGCACUCACAAGAUAUUAAACAGAAGGAUGCUCUUGGUUUUUCACACAACCUGCAAAAACUGAGAGGGUUUGAGAUGCUGGGGCCAGGCAAAUCUGGUCAUGCACCAAAGCAGAGCUCUUGACACUUCCAAGAACCUUCAAUGAAGACCCCUAAAAGAUUUAAGUGUCUGCCGCACUAGGAAGAAGCAGCUGAUGCAAGGAUGAGGCAGCUCUGAAGGUGGAGGGGAAGGAGCAGGCAGGACAUGCUGUGGGACAAUAAUCGUGCUGCAGUCUGGUGCGAUGCUACAAAACAGUAAGAUGUGUCUUUCUAUGGUUGCUGGCAAGGUUCUGAUUAGCAAAUCCUGGACUCACUGCUUUCCAUGGCUAACGCACACGGUUCGACACAGGGCGAGAAAAUUAACCUCCUCCACCAAGGCUGCCAGAACAACUCCUGCCUUCCUGAGUUCACAUGAAGACCACCACGGCCUGCCGGACGGACACUCCGGACGGACAGACAGGGCUCUUUGUGUCGGGACGCAGGAGAGGGCACACGGCUGCCUCGGCUCCUGCCCCCUCGCCACAUCCCGGCUCCUGCCCCCUCGCCACAUCCCGGCUCCUGCCCCCUCGCCACAUCCCGGCUCCUGCCCCCUCGCCACAUCCCGGCUCCUGCCCCCUCGCCACAUCCCGGCUCCUGCCCCCUCGCCACAUCCCGGCUCCUGCCCCCUCGCCACAUCCCGGCUCCUGCCCCCUCGCCACAUCCCGGCUCCUGCCCCCUCGCCACAUCCCGGCUCCUGCCCCCUCGCCACAUCCCGGCUCCUGCCCCCUCGCCACAUCCCGGCUCCUGCCCCCUCGCCACAUCCCGGCUCCUGCCCCCUCGCCACAUCCCGGCUCCUGCCCCCUCGCCACAUCCCGGCUCCUGCCCUCUCGCCACAUCCCGGCUCCUGGCAGGGCCGCGCUCCGGGCCGCGGGGUCCGUGGGCAGCGCCAGGGAGGAGGCAGCAGCGGAGCUCCUUUGUGUGAGCUGCGGAGCCAGCGGACCCUGCUGUCCCCGGGUUUGCUGUGCUUCCCUCGUGUAAGGCACGGGCGCGGUGGCGGGCCGCCCUCCCCGCCGGGCUCCGCACGCCGCCGGCUGAGGCCGGGCUGGCGGAAGCGCCUCGCCUUCCGCUUCCCAUCUGCCCGGGAAGAGGCGGGCACAGCCGCGGCCAUGCAGGUCUCCAGCCUCAACGAGGUGAAGAUCUACAGCCUGAGCGCCGGCAGGAGCCUCCCGGAGUGGCUCUCUGACAGGAAGAAAAGAGCUUUACAGAAGCAAGAUGUGGAUAUCCGUAGAAGAAUUGAACUUAUUCAGGACUUUGAAAUGCCCACGGUUAGCACAAAGAUUAAGGUAUCAAGAGAUGGACAGUAUAUUAUGGCCGUUGGAACUUACAAGCCCAGGGUCCGUUGUUUUGAUACCUAUCAGUUAUCCCAGAAAUUUGAAAGAUGCUUAGAUUCUGAAGUGGUUACGUUUGAGAUUUUAUCAGAUGAUUACUCAAAGAUUGUCUUCUUGGAGUGUGGAAGAUUUGUGGAAUUUCAUUCACAACAUGGCCAUUACUACAAGACAAGAAUACCAAAAUUUGGUAGAGAUUUCUCUUACCACUACCCAUCAUGUGACCUGUAUUUUGUAGGAGCAAGCUCUGAAGUGUACAGGCUGAAUCUGGAGCAAGGAAGAUUUCUGAACUCCCUGCAAACAGAAGCUGCAGAGAGUAAUGUCUGUGACAUAAAUCCUGUACACUUCUUAUUUGCUAUGGGGACAGCUGAGGGUAAAGUGGAAUGCUGGGAUCCUAGAACUAGAAACCGAGUUGGGCUGUUGGACUGUGCUUUAAGCAGUGUGACAGCAGACACAGAGAUAGAAGGUUUGCCAUCCAUUUCAGCACUGAAAUUUGAUGGGGCUUUGAAUAUGGCUGUUGGAACAUCUACUGGGCAGGUGCUGUUAUAUGAUCUCCGGUCUAGUAACCCACUGAUAGUCAAAGACCACCACUAUGGCCUGCCUAUUAAAUCAAUUCAAUUUCACCAUCAGUUGGAUUUAAUUAUCUCUGCGGAUUCUCGAAUCAUAAAAAUGUGGAACAAAGAUACAGGAAAGAUAUUUACUUCAAUGGAGCCAGAACAUGAUAUAAAUGAUGUCUGCCUUUAUCCAAAUUCAGGAAUGCUAAUGACUGCCAAUGAAGCCCCUAAAAUGAAUAUCUAUUAUAUACCAGUUUUAGGACCUGCCCCAAAAUGGUGUUCCUUCUUGGACAGCUUGACUGAAGAACUGGAGGAGAAUCCAGAAAGCACUGUUUAUGACGAUUACAAAUUUGUUACCAGAAAAGACCUUGAAAAUUUAGGCCUUGCUCAUCUCAUUGGAUCAUCAUUGCUCAGAGCAUAUAUGCAUGGCUACUUCAUGGACAUAAGGCUUUAUCAUAAGGCAAAAAUGAUGGCCAACCCCUUUGCCUAUGAAGAAUAUAGAAGAGAGAAAAUAAGGCAGAAGAUAGAAGAAACACGUGCACAGAGAGUUCAGCUGAAGAAACUCCCCAAAGUUAAUAAGGAGCUUGCACUCAAACUGAUUGAAGAAGAAGGAGAAGACCAACAGUAUAGUAAAAAAAGAAAACAAAAGAAUCUGCCCAGCCUUCUCAAAGAUGAUCGUUUUAAGGUCAUGUUUGAGAAUCCAGAUUUCCAGGUGGAUGAGCAGAGUGAAGAAUUUAGGCUACUUAACCCACUUGUUUCCAAAAUAAGUGAGAAAAGAAAGAGGAAGCUAAAGAUGUUAGAAGAACUGGAAGCGCAAGGACAGGAAGAGGAGGAAGAACCAGAAGGAAAAGCAAGUGAUGCAGAAAGUUCUGAGAGUUCAGAUGAUGAAAAAGGCUGGGUUGAAGAGGUCAGGAAACAGCGCAAGCUUUUACGCCAAGAGGAAAAACUAAAGCGGCAGGAAAGGCUCAAGGAGGAUCAGCAAACACUACUAAAACCUCAGUUUUUUGAGAUUAAAGAAGGAGAGGAAUUCAGAAGCUUCAAAGACUCUGCCAAAAAACAAAAAUUAAUGAAGAAAACUCUUGAAGAUCGUUUAAAGCUUGAAGAAAAACUUGGCACACUCAAUGUGUCUGAUACCACAGUAGGCAGCAAACAGGCAACAUUCAAAUUAAAGAAGUCAGAGCAGCAAAGGAAACAGCAGGAAGCCGAGAAACAACAUCGUCAAGAGAGGAAAACUCUUCGGCGCUCUGCCAGUCAUCUCAAGAGCAGACGUGGAAGAGGACGACUAUUUCAUUGAUUUUUUUUUUUUUAAGAAACUUUUUACCUCAUUUUUCAUUUGAAAAAGGGUCUUAUUCAAAUUGGGACACAGUACCAGUGGAUUUGUAUUUUGAUUCAUUGGUGAACACAAAACCAGAACUUCCUAAAGCUUGUGUUAAUUAUUGAAAAGUUUAUGAAAGUUAAAAUACUGACCAAAGGACACUAUGAAUAUUGUCAGUUGUGAACUGUAUUUGUUCAGAAAUCACCAGCAACUGGUUAUUGUGUAACCCUGGAUGUUUUCUAUAUAAGAAUUUAUUUAUACAAUGAG